GCGGAAGGUCACUCCCGCCCCCGCAAGUCCGCAACCACCACCGCGGCGGCGCGCCAUGGCCUCCGUCGCCGCCUCUCCCGCCUCCUGCUCCUGCUGCACUGUGUUCGCCGCCGCCUCCUCCACUCCCAUCCGAACAAGGGCUCCUCGCCCGUCCCUCCGCACGCCGCCGCACCGCGCCAGGCUACCGCUGCCCGGCCGCUCGGUGUUGAGGUGCCUCCCGAGAUGCGACUCGGGGAGGCCGCCGCCGCCGCCGUUUGGAGGAGGCACUGGGCUGUCGGUUCGGAAGGCGGCUGAGCCGGCGUGUUGGGGAGGGUUCAGGGUUCCGCCACUCGACGCAUCGUGCGGGCUCGCGUUCGCCACGGUGGCGGGGGUGCUCGUGCUCCAGGGGACGCAGCAGGCGAUGGCCGCCACGCAGUUCGGGGGCCUGCAGCCGGCGGACGUGCUGGGGGAUCUCGGGGACAUCAGUACAGGUUUUGCUUCAGCUUUCCUAUUGAUCUUCUUUUCUGAGCUAGGGGACAGAACGUUCUUUAUUGCGGCACUUUUAGCAGCUAGAAGUUCUGGAGCAGUCAUUUUCCUUGGCACAUUUGGAGCUCUUGCGGUAAUGACCAUUAUAUCUGUAGUUCUUGGUCGAGCAUUCCACUAUGUUGAUGGAAUCAUUCCGUUUGGGUUUGGUGGUACUGAUUUCCCAGUUGAUGACAUUGCUGCUGCUUGUCUCUUGGUUUAUUAUGGGGUUACCACAUUACUUGAUGCAGCUUCAGGUGAUGAUGAAAAGAUCAACGAGGAGCAAGAAGAGGCUGAGUUAGCAGUAUCCAAAUUUUCUGGAAAUGGUGCGGGGGUUAUGUCUGCUGCUGGUACUAUAGCUAGCACAUUUGUGUUAGUUUUUGUCGCGGAAUGGGGUGAUAAAUCAUUUUUCUCAACAAUUGCACUUGCAGCAGCUUCAUCCCCUCUGGGUGUCAUUGCAGGAUCACUUGCUGGUCAUGCCGUUGCAACAUUGAUUGCAGUUCUUGGUGGUUCUUUGCUGGGAACAUUCUUGUCUGAAAAGAUUAUAGCAUACAUUGGAGGGAGCCUAUUUUUAGCCUUUGCUGCCAUUACUAUAGUUGAGAUUGUGACUUGACAAGUAGUUCCAACUUCCAUAAUUGCUCAACAAAAUACCGAAAGGAACUUGCAUUCCCCGAGUGGAACUUCCCCGGCUUGCAUAGAAUGUUUUGCUGUUGGUGAUGAGAAUUCGCCUUAGUCCUUUCAUUAGCAUGAUUUGUAGUCGAAGCACUCCAUGUCGGACAUUUUGGAGCGGAAGAUGAGAUUGGGAGAAACUUUGUGAAUUCCAUGAAGCUAUUUCAUUUCCUUAGAUAUUAUUCACACGUAUAUCAAAGAAGCAUUGUAAAGGCCAAAGACAAUAUUAGACCACACUGAUGUUCAAUUCCAGAGACUCUGAUGCACCCGGAUGAACUGUUUCAGGCUUUCUGUCGAGUACAGUUUUCUUCUUCUUUUUCUCCAUUUUCCCACAGUACAAAAAGCAAUAUGAAUAGAUGAUCAAUAGUUUAUUGCCAGUGGCUGAUGUACUUCAGAGUAUGCAUGUAUUAUAUAUGUGUUCAGGAAAAUAAAUUAUGCUCAAUGAUUCAAUGGAUGACA